UUAGCGCAAUGAUUUUGGUAUCGCCUAAAACCGAAGCAUUGUGUAUCUCCCUGCUCAUCUCUGGUCCAACAUAUGAACUUUCGUCUCUUCUUUAAUUUUACUUUCUGCGUGUCGCUUCAUUACGCCAUCUAUAGAAAAAGGCAGCGCGUGAACGAUGCUGGAUAACUUCUUGACGGAAAUUAAAUGUAUUGAUUCUAUACUAAUUCUCCAAGAACACGAUGUUUCCAGCAUUCGCGCAUCUGUCCGCCUACGACCGGCACAAGAAACUUGUAAAUGAUUAUUUUGCACUGAGACAAGGCUCAGCAUUAUCUUUAAAACGAGACACGUCCCGAGACAAAACUGACUAUGACGUGAUUAAAGAGAAUCACAGAUUUCUAUGGGAUGAAGAAAACGAUGCACCGGAUUCUUGGGAAGCUCGGCUCGCUAAAAAGUAUUAUGACAAACUGUUCAAAGAAUACAGCAUAUGCGAUUUAAUGUACUAUAAACUGAAUAAGGUUGCUCUUAGAUGGAGAACAGAAAAAGAAGUAAUAGUGGGCAAAGGUCAGUUUGAAUGUGGAAAUAAAAAAUGCCAGGAGAAAGAGCACUUGCGAUCCUGGGAAGUAAAUUUUGGAUAUGUGGAACAUGGUGAAAAGAAGAAUGCUCUUGUAAAAUUACGACUCUGCCCUGAAUGCUCAGAGAAACUGAAUUACAAGACCCAAAAAAGAGAAAUCAAAAGAAGAAAAUCCUUGAAGCGCUUGGGCACAUGCUCUCAACCUGAACAACAGACACCUGGUUCAUCCAGUGAACCACAGGUCACAAUCAAAGUCGAGAAGGAAGAUGAAGAUGCAGAUAAAUCCAGUGUUCCAGAACAGAGCAUGGCUACUGAAUCUGAAGUUUGGAAAGAAGGCUCUACGAAGAAUCAAGAGAAAUCAAGGGAAGAAGAGUUUGAGGAAUACCUUGCAGAUUUGUUUCUGUGAAUUAUACGCAAGCUUGGUAUCUGUGAAGUGUAGUGGAACACUCCAUCAUGUUAUUAAGUCUUAUUAAUACAGCACCGACUAGCAUUCACUGCUCCACAGUACAAUACAUUACAAUAUAUUAAUUUAUUCAAAAUAAAACCAAAUUCUAUACAAUCGA